CAGCAAAGCUCUAACUCACAUGGAUUGCGACGGUGAGUGAGCGUCGAGUAUCCAGCAAGCACUCCUACUUUACUAUUAUUGCAGCUGCUGAUUAUUGACGACUCACUACCUUCCUUCCUUCUCCACUCUCCCUCUCUCUCUCUAGAAAGGUUCCAUCUUCAUCCUUCUUCUUCAUCUUCCCCAAUUCCCAUUUCCACUUCAGAUCUGCCCAUUCCUCCUCCGUCGGCGGGGAUCUCUUUUUCCCUUUCAGUACAGCAUUACAGCGAAUUGAUCGAUCCCAUUCCGGCGGAGCUGCGGAAGGGGAAGGGGAAAGGGGCAAAAUGAGCAUGUACGGGAGAGAUCCGUGGGGCGGCCCACUGGAGAUCAACACCGCGGAUUCCGCCACCGACGACGACCGGAGCAGGAACCUCAACGACCUGGACCGGGCUGCUCUGUCCCGGCCGCUGGACGAGACCCAGCAGAGCUGGCUGCUGGGCCCAACCGAGCAGAAGAAGAAGAAGAAGUACGUGGAUCUGGGCUGCAUCAUCGUCAGCAGCAAGAUCUUCUGGUGGACGGUCGCCGUGCUUGUCGGCGCCGGGGUUCUCGCCGGCUUGAUCGCCAUCCUCGUUAGGUUCGUGCCCCGUCACCACGACCACAAACCCCCGCCGGACAAUUACACCCUCGCGCUGCACAAGGCCCUCAUGUUCUUCAAUGCCCAGCGAUCAGGAAAGCUUCCCAAGCAUAACAAUGUGUCGUGGAGGGGGAACUCUGGUAUGAAUGAUGGCAAAGGCGAGUCCGGGGCCACGUACAAAGAUCUGGUCGGUGGCUAUUACGAUGCUGGGGAUGCGAUUAAGUUCAAUUUCCCCAAAUCGUUUGCCAUGACCAUGUUGAGCUGGAGUGUGAUUGAGUACAGUGCAAAGUAUGAAGCUGCCGGUGAGCUGAAUCAUGUUAAGGAAAUAAUCAAGUGGGGAACUGAUUAUUUUCUCAAGACCUUCAAUCACACUGCUGAUACGAUCAAUACACUUGUUGCCCAGGUUGGAUCAGGGGAUACUUCUGGCGGCAUGUCGACUCCAAAUGAUCACUACUGCUGGACGCGCCCUGAGGACAUUGAUUACGACAGGCCGGUGACCUCGUGCAGCAGUUGCUCUGAUCUUGCUGCGGAAAUGGCGGCUGCUCUAGCUUCUGCGUCGAUUGUGUUCAAAGACAAUAAGGCUUAUUCUCAGAAGCUUGUCCAUGGUGCCAGAACGCUCUUUAAAUUCUCGAGGGACCAGCGUGGAAGAUACAGUGCCGGUAGUUCCGAAGCUUCUCAGUUCUACAAUUCUACUAGCUACUGGGAUGAAUUUCUUUGGGCUGGAACUUGGUUGUACUAUGCUACUGGGAAUAAUUCCUACCUUCAGCUGGCUACUACUAAUGGUAUUGCGAGGCAUGCUGGUGCUUUCUGGGGUGGACCUGACUACGGUGUUUUUAGCUGGGACAACAAGCUUACUGGUGCUCAGGUGCUCCUUAGCCGCUUGAGACUCUUCCUUAGCCCUGGAUAUCCGUACGAAGAAAUAUUGAGGACAUUCCAUAACCAGACUAGCAUUGUCAUGUGUUCCUACCUUCCAUAUUUCACAAGCUUCAACAGAACCAAGGGUGGCUUGAUCCAGUUAAACCAUGGAAGGCCACAACCUCUUCAGUAUGUAGUGAAUGCAGCUUUUUUGGCUACUGUAUAUAGCGACUAUCUUGAUGCUGCAGACACACCUGGAUGGUACUGUGGACCAAACUUCUAUUCUACAAAGAUCCUGCGUGAAUUUGCAAAGACCCAGAUCGAUUAUAUCCUGGGGAAAAAUCCAAGAAAAAUGAGCUAUGUUGUUGGUUUUGGUAACCAUUACCCGAAGCACGUCCAUCACAGAGGUGCUUCUAUCCCCAAGAACAAAGUUAAGUACAAUUGCAAAGGUGGAUGGAAGUGGAGGGACUCAAAGAAACCAAACCCGAACACAAUAGUGGGAGCUAUGGUUGCAGGGCCUGAUAGGCGCGACGGCUUCCAUGAUGUUCGAACUAACUACAACUAUACCGAGCCAACACUUGCUGGAAAUGCAGGAUUAGUCGCAGCCCUUGUAGCGUUGUCUGGCGAUGGGGACUCUAAUAUUGACAAGAACACCAUUUUCUCGGCGGUGCCCCCCAUGUUCCCAACUCCUCCUCCACCUCCAGCACCAUGGAAGCCAUGAGAAAGACAUUCCUCGAGCACAUCUGAUCCUACUGGUUAUACACGAUUUACACUGCAGCAAUAUAUGUAAAUUAGAACUUUCGAGCAAGUCAGGAAUGGUUGAAGACACUUUUACAAAGACAAGCAUGGGGUGUGUGAAGAAGACAGUGGAUGCAGUGCAGCAUUUCUGAAAGAGGGCCAUGUGAGAAGCAAGAAGAAGAUGGGAUGACUGAACUCUUCCUGGAAAAUGUUGGUCUUCGAUUGAAUUUUUGUGUGUUAUACGAUAGCAUAAUGUGUAUGUAUGGCUCUCUUGUAUUCUUUUGUAACUCUCGUGGAUUCCUUGGUGGAAACAAUUGACACUUCCCUUCUUGAUGUCUGACAGUGAAAGAGAUAAAUUUGUUGGUUCCAGAAAAAGGCAAGUCUUUGGAUCUUUAUUCUUUCUGAUUAGCUUGUCUUCGGUCCAACAGUCGGCUGAUACAAAUUAACAUAUUUUCGUUUCUCAAUCAAAACGCUUGAUAAGGCGUAAACAACACGGCUAAAUAA